CUGGACUCGGAGCUUCUUCUAGAGCGGGGCAUCUUUCUUGGUUAAAUGAAUGUUCUUUAGUCAUGUGUGCUGCCUGUUUUUCAAAAACACUGUAUCAGAAGUUUGGGGCUAGAUGUGGACAGCAGGAACUUCCCCAGGGGUCGAGACCCUCGCUGUGUGGUGGUCACCCUCUGUUAGGUCAGACCCUCCAGGGGUUGGAGUCUUGAGGCCCACAGACCGUAGAGGCAGGGGCAUGAGUGUCAUGACCUCUUUGAAGUCCUUCCAGCCCAGAAUUCUCUCCCCCAUUCCCUCCAGUCUGACCUGGGGCUGUCAUCCUAUUGUGGUGAGUAGCAGUGGGUGGGGGCCGGGCCUGCCGACGUGUCGAAUGUGGUGACUGCAGGGACAGGGAGGGAGCCUGUGGCCAUGGGACAGGCCUGGCCAAGCCUGUGGCUUUCUGCCCCAGAGGCCCUCCCAGCUCUGCCCGAGGGAGGCUGUGGAUGACGUAGGAGCUGGAGGGGCGGUCCUGAGCCAGGCUAGAGUCUUCCUCUGAGCAGCAUUGGGCAGGGGCGGGUCCUUCCAACGCUGGAGGGCUCUCUGAGGCAUGAGUUGGCGGCACCGGGAGGCCCAGGCCAGGGUUUUGAAUCGUCCCUGUCUGGGGACACCCUGCUGGUAUUUGUGGGGGCUUAGGUCAGGCUGGUCGGGUCAUCCCUGUCACCUGAGGAUCAUAUCUCAGGAAGACAGCCAUGACACCUUGGCCACAGGCUGGGGCUGGGGCCGACAGCCACUGGGUUCUUCUGGCCACUGCUCCCUUGGGCAAGCUGUGAGGAAGGAUACUGGGCCUGGGGGGACUCCGUCCUGGGUCUGUAAGGUGUAGGGAGGCCACCGAGCCUGGUGAGGGGGGAAGUGCCUGGCAGGGAGUGGGGCUCAGCAUAGGGAACUGGCUCUGUGCUGCUCCCCGACAGACCAGACAUGGGCACAGGGACCCUCCCCUGGCCACCUCCCUGUCUCCCCUCCAAGAGUUGUGGGUAGAAAAUUCUAGGUCACUACCUACUAAUCGUCUCAGAAUGGCCAUUAGAUCCUUUGAGAAUCAUUUAAAAAACUUGCCCAGAUUUAAAAAAAAAGUGAAUCAUGUGAAAGGUAGGGUAGUUAUUAAUGGCAGAAAAUAUUGAAGCUUUAUUUUUGCUUAUUUUCCUUGUUAUUUUAUGAGUCCGGACAACCUUGGAUGUUUUCUGACCCCUUGGUCUGCAGGGCUUCUGGCUGGGUGGGCCCCAGGUGGGUUGGGGGGGCGGCUGCUCAGAAAGUGCUCUGUGCUCAACAGGCCGGCGACUUCACCAACCACAAUGGCACCGGGGGCAAGUCCAUCUAUGGAAGCCGCUUUCCUGAUGAGAACUUCACACUGAAGCACGUGGGACCAGGUGUCCUGUCCAUGGCAAAUGCAGGCCCCAACACCAACGGCUCCCAGUUCUUCAUCUGCACCAUAAAGACAGACUGGUUGGAUGGCAAGCAUGUCGUGUUUGGCCAUGUCAAAGAAGGCAUGGAUGUCGUGAAGAAAAUCGAAUCUUUCGGUUCCAGGAGUGGGAAGACGUCCAGGAAGAUCGUCAUUACAGACUGUGGCCAGUUGAGCUAAUGGGCCUCGGCCACGGGGCGCUAGGCCGGUAGUGGCCGCCCGUGUGUUGACACACCAAGGCGGCCAUGUCGGACGCCAGCAAUGGUGCCCCGUCCGGUUGCCUGUGCUCAUACCACCAUCACUGUGUGCUGGAGGAAGGAGGAAGGCCUCUGCAGAACGUCUGGUCUCCACCGGGCCUGCCACACUGCUUCCCCAGUGUCCGCCCUCCCUCACCGCCCCAUUUCUGGGAUGAGUAUCACGGACGUGAUGUCACCACUCCUCAUCAGGCCUUCUCUGUGAUCCCCCAGCCCAAGUUCACCCGUGCCUUGGACUUCGGGGGGUGGUGAUGGCUUAGCGUCGGGGACAGGUUUCUGCCUUUUCCUCAGCUGCGGGGGGAAAGCCAGCCGCUGCAAAAGGGCCAUUAUAUCUGUGUAAUGACCUCUUCUAAUUGGAAUAUUUGAUUAACAAGAUUGCCGAGAGAUGAAGCUGUGACACUUAACUACUCCGUGCCGUGGCAGGACCCCAGUUGGUGGCCGAAGCCACAGAACCCCAGAGCUUGGCCUUUGGAACGUAGUCGGGGCUUUUGUGCAGGGUCCUAGGCCACGGCAUUUACCCCUGGCCACUGUGAAUCCUGUUGGUUUGCUGCUGGGGUUUUUGAGGAAGAGUCCAUGGGGGUAGAAGCAGACGAACCUGGGAACAAACCCACUGCGUACUGUGCCUAGUCCAUGAAUUGGUGAAAAAUGGAAAUGGCCCGAACGUGCUCUUGCAGAAAGUAAACAUGUCUUUUCUGGAGGGCUUUGAUUUUUCUGCGUUUAAUAAAUCUACUGAUUUUGUAUAUAAUACACUUGUGGGACGUUUAUUUGUGUUCACUUGAAAUGUGAAAAUAAAUCCUAUUUCCUAUGGAA